CUGGCCGGAGCCAGAGUCUACCCCCAGCUCCGCGGACACUUCCUAUUGUUACUAGGAAACAGGAAGUGUCCUAGCCGCAAAAGGUUCCCCCCGAAACCUCUGCCUCGAGAACACUUCCUGUGCCGCCUCCAAGCAGCGCUUCUACACAGACACAGUUCCGGGGCUAAGGGAGAGGGAGCCGAAGCGCGAUUCUGACCCCGCCCACGAGGGUCAAAACACGGCGCUGUUUUGCGCUAGUCUUAGCCACACUUCCGGCAAGAGCUGCUAAAAUUGUUCCGGUGCAUAUUGAUUCAAAGCAGAAGAGGAAAAAAAGGGUUCUGCUGCGCUAGCCUCGGUACUUUAGCGACACUUUUCGUGCGGCUCCCUGAAAAACUUCCCAAGGCAGAUGGAGGGAGUUUCAUUCACUCCUUGUACUGAGGGAAACGUGGUGGAGUAUAAGCGGAUUUGGGUACUACAAAGCUUGCGCAUGGCCCUUCUGUCCUCCCGCCUUCCAGUUCUUGGUGAUCUGGCCCCAAGCUAGCAAUGGCCCGGUAUAUACCGUAAACCUGCCUGGCGUCCCCUGUCAUUAGCACCCACAGAAACCCUUGCAAGAUGUUUCUCCGCCACCUUCGCCUGCUGUGUCCAGAGAAGCUCCGCCCAUUGAAGCCAUGGAGGUGGAGUCUGCGGAGGCCCUGUCCUCUGCCCCUGGCUACAAGCGCUCCGGCCGCCGCUACAAGUGCCUGUCCUGUACUAAGACAUUUCCAAAUGCGCCCAGGGCAGCGCGACAUGCUGCCACACAUGGUCCUGCAGACUGCGCGGAGGAGGUGGCGGAUGCGAUGCUGAAGCCAGAGACAGAACCCAAAGCAGAGGAUGCGGGCGGGGACAAGGUGUCAGGUGCAUCGGCUAAGCCUCGGCCCUAUGCAUGCCCGCUGUGCCCCAAGGCCUACAAAACAGCACCCGAGCUGCGCAGUCACGGUCGCAGCCACACUGGCGAAAAGCCCUUCCCUUGCCCUGAGUGCGGCCGCCGCUUCAUGCAGCCCGUGUGCCUGCGCGUGCACCUGGCCUCACAUGCUGGUGAGCUGCCUUUCCGCUGCGCUCACUGCCCCAAGGCCUACGGCGCGCUCUCCAAGCUCAAGAUUCACCAGCGCGGUCACACUGGUGAGCGGCCCUACGCUUGUGCCGACUGCGGCAAGAGCUUCGCUGACCCUUCGGUGUUCCGCAAACACCGGCGCACGCACGCAGGCCUGCGGCCCUACAGCUGUGAGCGCUGCGGCAAGGCCUACGCCGAGCUCAAGGACCUACGCAACCACGAGCGGUCCCACACGGGUGAGCGCCCCUUCCUCUGCUCGGAGUGUGGGAAGAGCUUCUCCCGCUCAUCUUCGCUCACGUGCCACCAGCGCAUCCAUGCGGCACAGAAGCCCUAUCGCUGCCCAGCCUGUGGCAAGGGCUUCACGCAGCUCAGCUCCUACCAGAGCCAUGAGCGCACGCACUCCGGCGAGAAGCCCUUCCUGUGCCCACGUUGCGGCCGCAUGUUCUCCGACCCCUCGAGCUUCCGGCGCCACCAGCGGGCGCACGAGGGCGUGAAGCCAUACCGCUGCGAGAAGUGCGGCAAAGACUUCCGGCAGCCUGCAGACCUGGCCAUGCACCGGCGGGUGCACACGGGUGACCGGCCGUUCAAGUGCCUGCAGUGUGACAAGACGUUUGUGGCGUCUUGGGACCUCAAGCGCCAUGCUUUGGUGCACUCAGGUCAGCGGCCCUUCCGCUGUGAGGAGUGCGGGCGAGCCUUUGCCGAGCGAGCCAGCCUCACCAAGCACAGCCGGGUGCACUCAGGUGAGCGCCCCUUCCACUGUAAUGCCUGUGGAAAGUCCUUCGUGGUAUCUUCAAGCCUGAGGAAGCACGAGCGGACCCAUCGAAGUAGUGAGGCUGCAGGGGCUCCCCCGCAACAGGAGCUGGUAGUGGGGCUGGCACUGCCGGUCAGCGUGGCGGGCGAGGGCUCUGCAGCCCCGGGGGCAGGUGCAGGCCUAGGGGACCCUCCGGCAGGGCUGCUGGGGCUGCCCCCGGAAUCAGGUGGGGUGAUGGCCACCCAGUGGCAAGUGGUGGGCAUGACGGUGGAACACGUGGAGUGCCAAGAUGCUGGGGUUGGGGAGGCUCCUGGUCCCUUGGGAGGGGCAGGCGAGGUGGGGGGCGAGGAGGUGGAUGAGAAGCCACCGCAGUUUGUGUGCCGGGAGUGCAAGGAGACAUUCUCCACUCUGACGUUGCUGCGACGGCAUGAGCGCUCACACCCAGAGCUCCGGCCCUUUCCCUGCACCCAGUGCGGCAAGAGCUUCUCUGACCGGGCAGGGCUGCGCAAACACAGCCGCACCCACAGCUCUGUGCGCCCCUACACCUGCCCCCACUGCCCCAAGGCCUUCUUGAGUGCCAGCGACCUGCGCAAGCACGAGCGCACCCACCCUGUGUCCAUCGGGACCCCCACGCCCCUCGAGCCCCUUGUGGCUUUGCUAGGAAUGCCUGAAGAGGGACCAGCUUGAGGCCCAUGUCCCCUACACCUCACUCCCAGGAGCCCAGACCUCCUAGGAGGCCUCCUGAACCUCUCUGCCCCAGCUCACUCUUUAAACUCCAGAUCCUUGCCCACCCCCCCCAGGCCGCUAGCUCUUCCUUGCCAACAAAGAGCUGGGGACAAUGGAGGCGGGCAGCAGCUGUUGAGAGACACGUGUCACUCUGAGUAACACUCAUUAAAGCAUUUACUUUGACACUGA